UCGACGCGGGGCGCGCGAGCGCGAAUCAAUCCGCGUUAGUGAGUGGUUGUUACAAGAAAAAAAAGAAAAGAAAAUAAAGAAGAAAAAAAAGCACCCAGCACAGUCACUCAGAGAGCGAUUGCGGUUUUGCAGCACUGGUACGAUCCCUUCUGGUUUCUUUCAUACUCGAAUCAUCGGAUUCGAUGCACGUGCUUCAGCAAGGCGGGCCGGGUCGUGCGAUUCCAGUGUGGGAAUUAUGCGCGGUUAGUACUUAAGUGCGAACCAUUGCCGCUACCAUCUUUCUGCUGCGAUUUGACAACAGUAACGGUGCUUGGUUGUGAAAUGGCUCCCAGCUAGAAAAGUGAUCUGAAGUGAUGUGCCUUUCUUCUUCGUGAGUGUUGUGACUAGUUGAUGGGGAGGCAUUAAGUGUCCGUUCAAAAUCCGAAAGUUUCUAAAAUUUCCCGCGAGGGUUGAUGAAUCGUGUGUGUGAUAUGCAGGGGAAAAAUUGGUUUGAAAAAUAGAAAAAGAGCAGUGAAUAUAUGUGUCGGUUUCAGUGCAGUACGCAAUAAAUGGAAGCAACGCAACCGUGUCUGUGAAUUCAAUCAACCAUAGUGACGAGUGAGUGAAUGUAGUUUUUGCAAGUGUUUCAAGCGGUGGUCCGGGUGCUAGAACGUAACGUGAAUAUCGUAUUAUAUUUUGUUAGUGCAGGUGGUUUUGUGUGAACGAAAGGGCCGCGGGGUCACCAGUGUGUGCAUCAGCGGAGUUUUGCUGAGUUAGUGCAAACAAAAUACAGCUGGAUAUAGUUCUUCAUUCCUCAAGAAGAUCUCCAACACGCCAUCAACGACACAACAGCGUCAUUGCUCGAUUGCUUGGUGUUGAGUAAUUGAUCGAGAAUGAGCUCGUGCAGGGCGAUGCGUAAACUUAACGGUCGAUUGAAUGCUUCAAAAACGAAGUGACUAAAGUUCAUCGGAAAGGGCUUACCGCGAAGGUGACAAGUGGUCGCGAUGAUACGACAAGGAUGAGUCCCGCGUUCGUCAUCAGCGAGAUAAGCGCUUGGAAGCCGCACACCCUCAAGCCCUAAGUGCUGGCAAUGGCCAACAGGUGCCCGCCAACAUCACCAUCGUCAACUUCCGCACCAGCGACCGAACCGUCGGCCCAGUCAACAUUGUCCUCGCCCGCAAUCGCACCAUCACCGUCAUCGUUAUCCAGCGCGGGAGUGGCAGCGCUCGGGGAAAUCUCAAGGCCUCGCCCGGUAGCGGUUACAAGCCGUACCGUGGGCGGUACGGUGGUUGGCGGCCUAAUUGGAAAGUUUGAAUGCACCAGGUCCGAUUCUCCUGCUGCUGACGUCAAAGUGACAGCAAACACUUGUCGAGCGAGCGAUAGCGCGCUUAUCACCAACAGGGGCUGUCCCAUCACACGCGGAUCGAGCCCGCCGUCGGGCGAAACCGGAGCGGUCGUUGGGUUCCGGGAGACUGUGACCGGUAACCGUAACGAAUGUACUGAUAAGACCACCACCAUGGGCGUCGGUGGAACGGGCGGUCGGCUAGGGAAUCGGUCCGGUGAGCUGGUGAAUUCAGAUGGCAUGGAUGCCUGUGUACAUAGAACCCGCGAGCGUCAACGAAAAACGGUCGUCUACAGUCGUCUUUGCUUGGACGAUGCAUUGCUCAGGGAUAUGGAACUGCUGGAUUUGGAUGCCCGAAAGACAAGCGACUUAGCGAUUGUGGGUGGGCGGUCCGAUCAGCGGGACGAACCCGCAUGGUCGUCGGGACAGACGGAAGUGAUCCGUUUUCCGUGCGUAGAGCGACUGAUCGAACUGUACGCAAACAUCAUCCGCCAGAAGGAGGCUGAAGUGCAAAGAUUUAUGAGCAGUAUUGUAAGGAACGGUGAUAAAAGUCGAUUAGAUAAGGGCGCGUUACCGUCGGCGAAGGAACGCCGGCGACGGGCUACGGAGGAAGAUGGGCCGCACGGGAGCAAAUUACAGCAAGGUGACAUACGCAAGGAACCCUCGCUACCUGCGUCAGUAUCGCUGGAAGCGUUGUCACGUACGAAGACGGCACUGGCUCGAGACCUGGUGGGUGACUGCAUGCGCACCAGUACGGCACAGUCCAUCGAAGAAGCGGUACGCGUUAGCCGCACGAAAGAAAGCUCCAGCCCGGCCCAGUCGGAUGAAGGUUGGCGCAGUAGCACACAGCCCAGCCCGUACGGUUCUAGUGACGAAGAGGAACGCCCGCUGCAGGUGGAGGAAGAACCACCCCCGGACGCGAUGAAGAACCGGGACAAGGUAACGCGUUCGUCCAGCUCGGAUUCCGCCCUCGGUCUGGACGAUGAUCUCAGCCAGCAGGAACAGCAACAGAUGAUCGCUACCGUCGGUAAGGUGCGAAGGCUUACGCUCGGUGUGUCGGACAUUCCGCUACGUUCGGCGUUACUACCAGUUCCGGAACCGUCCACGCUACCCAGCCUGACGGCAGCACCUACCGACCACUGUCCAACGGUGGUUCGCAGCAAGAUGAUUCUGGAAGCUCAGCUUAUUGAAUUACCGCUCGCAGAUGGUAAUGGGACGUCCGAUCAGUCCGGGCAAAACCAGCAGCUCGGUUGUCCACCGAGCACGUCCGUUUCACGGCGCGAAUCUGCCCAAAGCUACAUCAGUGAUAUAGGCGAAGGUGUUCGCUACGUGCGAACACCGUCAGUGGUCGUAUCGGACUACUCGGACGAUACGAUGUGCGGCAUCACGCUGGAGGAAAUUGAGUACUUCCGGCGGCACCGGUUACGCCGCGGUUCGGCCGACUGUGAGUCGGACAUAAGUGCGGCCUCGUCGUGCAGCAAUCUAAACUACUGCGGGUCGUCGAUUAGUGCGCUGGACGGGUGCGAGUACCAGUGUGGACUGCGGACACCCGAACGGAAGGUGUCCGACUGUUCGACCUGUUCCACGGUUAGCUGUGAUGAGGACGAAGGCUACUCGGUGGUACGAUCCAAACUUGCCAGCCUCGUCCUACCGUCGGAUCCGGUACCGGAGGAGACGGAAAUUUCCGCAAAGUCAGACCCGCCGGUUAUCAGCGCACCGCACAGCAAUGGUGCAACGACGGAGGGUGACACUCCUAAUGAGCCGGGUGACGUUCGAGUGUGCAGCAAAAAGAAGGUUAGUCAUGAAGUCAAAAAUUCUGAAUAGAAUCCGGUCCGGUGAAGCGUUACUGUAGCAUUACGUCGUUAAGUUAUCGAUAUCGUUAUAUAUAUAUUCUGAAACUCGUCUAAUGGGUAGCAAUGAUAGAUAGAUAGAUAAGUAUAUAUAUAUUUUGUAUGCAGCAGCUUUAACUGAUAAAUAAACUCAAACCCUAAAAGUUGUAAAUGGCAAGGUAA